UCGCAGGCGCAGGAGAAGGAAGCCCGAGCCCACCCCGUGACACAGAAACAAGGAUCAAACUUUGCUGCAAAGGAUUGGUGUGAGGAGGCGGAUGACUGGGGAGUCAGUGAUGCAGCAGAGCCUCCUGCAUGUGCCUCCCUGCUGGGCUUAGGUGAAGCAGUGAGCAGCUCCUUGUCCAGAGAGCUGGACUGUGCAUCCCAGCUCCAACAGCUUCGCUUGGCUGAGGCUGCAGAGGGCUCAGGUUCCCAGGACACACAUCCUGCAGCCAGUGAGGAAAUGGUAAUGGAAACACCUGGUCCUGCUCCUGUCUUCCAACCCUUUUAUAUUAAUGUGGUGGAUGAGGAAGACUGCAGUGGCUUCCUGGAUACAGACCAUGCAGAUGAGCUACUGAAGGAGUAUCAGCAGAGAGAGGGGCUUGAUUUGGAACAGAUGAUGUCAGAAAGCUUUGCAGGUGAAGGUGGUAAUGAAAAAUAUGAGAAGAGUGAAGUCAAAAGCUGGGACCACACGUUUCAUAAAUUUAUGAAAAGAAUAUCUCUGUGUCCUGAACAGAUUCUAAGAUACUCUUGGGGUGGGCAGCCUUUGUUCAUCACGUGUCCUCCAGCCAACGUCAGCCAGGGUGUUCCAGCCUGCAGUACCUGUGGGAGCAGCAGAGUGUUUGAAAUGCAGCUGAUGCCAGCCCUGGUCAGCCUGCUCCAGAGUGACUCAGAUCUGUCAGUGGAAUUUGGAACUGUUAUAGUUUACACAUGCGAGAGAAGCUGUUGGCCAACAAAUCACCAAACACCUCUUGAAGAAUUUAUUUUUGUACAAGAAGACCCAGAUCAGAAAUUAUUUAAAUAAAUUGUAUUUCUCUACAUAGAUGAAAA